AUGGGGCUGAACCUUCAGUCAUUGGCGCCUCCAGGCGAGCUUCGGGAACCGCCAAACUUUGCCUGCCCCGGCAUAUUUCCUAGCUGUCAUGGGCUGCCGCAGAUCUGCGAGAACGCCAGCCCCAACAAGUUCAGAUUGGGCCUUGCAGUUGCAGGUGGACCUAGCGAUCCUGACAAUCUAGUGCUGGACUUAACGAACGCGCUCAAAGCUGGCGCGGUCCAGAUUCUGGUCAUGGCACUUUUCAAACAGGGUGCUUACACUGACGACGCAGGGCUCGUGGCUGAGCGAGCCGUACCGCUAGAAGACACCAGUUCCACCCUGCUGGAACUGCGGCUGUCCGGUGACCAUCGCAGCGUAAACGUUUAUAAGCCUGUUAUGGAUUUGAGGACGUCCGACCCUCAAUCGACUUACUCACUGCGAACUGGCAUAGGGAACGGAGCACAGGCCUCCCUACCAAGGCUAUAUUGCAUAGAAGGUGGCCAUGACCGGAUCAUUGUGGACAUGAGCCUGCUCCUCCAAGCUGGUUUCUUUGUAGUCAACACUAACCAUCUGGGCUAUACAAAAACGGUCAUCGAUGCCAAAGAGUUCCCGACCAACCUGGACAUUGCUGUAGAGUACGGCCCGGUUCCGCUGCUUCGAGUGGGGUACACACUGGUCUUGCUUCCGCAAGCACCGAUGCAACCUCGCCAGAAUGACGACCGCCUACUCUAUUUCGACACGCAGUACCGAGACAAGGGCAGUCACCAUAAGCAGGCCAGCCAGAAGCUUAGCGAGGCGGUGGACAGCAAGGUCUCCAUGAUAUGGAGGUAUAACCUUCCACGACUGCCCGAUCAAACUAUCCGCUUUCAUGUCGAUCCCAGCGUGCCUGCGAGAUGGCGGAAAUACUUCAAGCGAGGGAUCGAAGCUUGGAACGCGGCCUUUACCUUGAUCGAGCGGCCGAGUGCUGUGCGUGCCGUGCUGCCUGGAGACAAGGACUGGCCAGCAGACUACGACAUGUCCGAUGCCCGGUUCAGCGCCAUCACCUGGGACGUAUCCGAGGAGACCCUGAGCAUGGGCAUUGCGAAGGUUGAUCCCAGGAGCGGGGAAAUUCUGAAGUGCGAUGUGGUCAUGGGCGACUCUUGGGUGAAGACCUACCUGGAAGAGCUGGAGGUGGAAUGGGUGAACUUCACCAACUUCCUGCAAAAGACGCCAGCGGUGUCGCUACUCAUGCGGGAAGAGCUGGUUGAGCCUGGAAAGACUGCGCCACACAGGAUCCUGCAGCUUCUACAGCAGGGCAGUGCGGAACGCAAGUCUCGCAGCUUCGGCUUUGCCGCCGCUUAUAUGCAAAAGCGCCUGGAGAGCAGCGAGCUGGAGGCGCUGCUUGGCUCUGGGCUACAGGAGAUUGUGGCACAUGAGGUCGGUCACUGCCUGGGCCUGCGACACAACUUCAAGGGUUCGAUGGGAAUCAGUGAGGAGUGCUUGAAAGAUAUUCACUGCACAGCCCGGCACGGAACCUCAGCAAGUGUCAUGGAUUAUGUCCCUGUGAAUCUGCCGAAGCCUGGGGAAGCGUUGCGUCACAUCUGGUCUCCGACCGUUGGCGAAUAUGACAAAUUAGCUAUUCGAUACGGAUACACGCACCUGCAGACGUCCGAAAGUGAUCCGGGCCUGCUGCAAAUACUCGAGGACGUCCGCAGACGCGCUGAACAGUUUCAGACUUGCUAUGAUGAUGACCUCUAUUUGGGUGAAGACCCGUCUUGCUUGGAUUACGACUUGUCUGCCGACCCAUUGGGCUAUUGGGAGCAACAGCUGGAUCUCUAUGCUGACGUGCAACGGCACCUUCUGGAGAUGUCAGUCGCACCAAGGGAAUCGUAUGAUAACUAUGGGCGAGCGGUGCAUUCCGUGGUGGGAGGAUUUCUGCCUGACAUUGGCAUCAAUGCAGUAUACUACUUGGGAGGAAUAAACAACACAUACUUGCACAAGUAUGCGGAUCAGACCCGUCGAUCCAGGCAGCCGAUGCCAGCGGAAACGCAGCGGCGGGCACUGGCGAUCAUCCUGCGUAUCUUGCGGCCAAAGACUGAGGGACUGCUCCCACCAGACUCGAAUCUGCCUUAUCUGGUGGAUGGAAGUCAGUUGCAGGGCGCCAUCGAGAGCCUGGACUUGACAGACCUCGUGCGACGUCUUCGGCAACUCCUGCUAGAGGAAGUUUUGCGCUCCGAGCGCCUCCUACAGGUUCACAAGCAGGAGAAUCUUCUGGCCCCCGGAGAUGCAGAUGCCUUCACGGUGUCCGAGCUCCUGUCCACCUUGGUUUACGGGGUUAUGAGUGCUGGGCUCGACAAAAUCACCUCAGAGGAUGAGCAAGAUCUACAGCGGAUCUUUGUGCAGAUCCUGUCAUCCAAGCUUCCGGAGCAUGUGCAAUUUCUUCCUGCGGAUGUCAUGACCCAACUACGCUACUUCCGCAGCUUUGUGUAUGAAAUGGCUGAUGGUGCUUUGAACCGUCUAUCUACCACGGCGAAGGGGGCUCAGUGGAGUACAUGUGCAAUGUUCAACAAGACCUGCACCUGUACUGGCCUGGUGCGGCUGAGACUCUCGAACCUCACCAGCGCUGGUCUUUGGUCAGGCACCGACAAACGCUGCCUCCCACUUGACUUCACAGUGAAUACCUCGGCAUCCGACUUGGAUGCGGAGGAUGCUUGGUGUGAGUGCCUUUCGCUAACAAAGGCUGACAUGGACCUGAGGGAGGCUCAACGAUUGCACGUGGAGUCGCUGAAGAAUAUGCUCACCGAAAGCGGAGGCGCACACCGAGGAGAAGGCAAGGAUUGA